CUCCUGGAAUAGGGGUCGGUGAUAUUGUGUUGUGUUUAAAUUUUAGGAUACCAUUAUUGGUUUUAUUUAAAUCUCUUCAUUAUGGCAAAUAGAUUCAUUAAAAUAGUACCCUUGACUACUAGUAUAAGGCAUCAUAGUACAAGUAAUUUGAAUGAAGUUUUUAUUGUCAGUGGUGCAAGAACACCCAUAGGGUCCUUCAGAAGUUCACUUUCUUCUGUGCCCGCACCUAAACUAGCAUCUGUAGCUAUUCAGGGAGCUAUCAAACGAGCAGGAAUACAAAAUGAGGAUGUCGAUGAAGUAUUCAUUGGAAAUGUCGGGCAAGCUGGUGUUGGACAAGCUCCUGCUCGGCAAGCAGCACUUUUUGCUGGUUUGCCUGAGAGUGUUAUUUGUACCACAGUUAAUAAAGUUUGUGCAUCAGGUAUGAAAUCCGUUAUGUUAGCUUCUCAAAGCCUUAUGUGUGGGCAUCAAAAAGUAAUAAUUGCUGGAGGUAUGGAAUCCAUGUCCAAUGUUCCUUAUUAUUUGUCUAGGGGAGACACACCUUAUGGAGGAGUUCAUCUUACUGAUGGAAUAGUGUAUGAUACAUUAACUGAUGUGUACAACAAGUUUCACAUGGGAAAUUGCGCUGAAAAUACAGCUAAAGUUCAGAAAAUAACCCGUGAGCAGCAGGAUGAUUUUGCUUUGCUCAGCUACAAAAGAAGUGCUGAUGCUGUUAAGGCUGGUCUUCUCGCUCCUGAAAUUGUGCCGGUUUCUGUCCCUCAAAAAAGAGGGAAACCAGAUGUUGUUGUAAAUGAGGAUGAAGAGUUUAAAAAAUUUAAUGCUGAAAAGUUUAGAAAAUUGGCAACAGUGUUUCAGAGGGAAGGAGGCACCGUAACCGCAGGAAAUGCAUCAACUCUUAACGAUGGUGCUGCUGCAAUGGUUCUGAUGAGUGCUGAAGCUGUCAAACACUUUAACGUGAAACCCCUAGCUAGGGUUGUAGCUUUCGCUGAUGGAGCAACUAAACCAAUUGAUUUUCCCAUCGCCCCUGCAGUAGCCACUCCUAAGCUUUUGAAAAUGGCUGGUGUCAAGAAAGAUGAUAUUUCUCUUUGGGAAAUAAAUGAGGCUUUUAGCGUUGUUGUUCUGGCCAAUAUCAAGCUUAUGGAUAUCGAUCCAGCUAAAGUUAAUGUUCAUGGUGGAGCUGUCAGUCUUGGACAUCCUGUUGGGAUGUCUGGAGCGAGGAUAGUUCUUCACUUGGCUUACGCACUGAAACCUGGCCAGAAGGGAGUUGCUUCCAUCUGUAAUGGUGGCGGUGGUGCAUCAGCCGUCAUGGUCGAAAAGCUAUAAAAUAUUUUUUAUUAAUUUUUAUAUUCCAAAAAUUAAAAAUCAAAUUUGAAAGGCUCUGUUGUAAAUAGUAUUAUAUUAUAAGAAAAUGUCUAUUUUUUGUAAGUAAUAAAUGACUGUUUUAUCAUCCAAAUUUUGUAUCUAAUUAAUAGUUAAAUAAAUUUUAUUUUUGUUGGAAA